AGACUGCACUGUCACUACAGUCGCACUGCAGUCUGCAGAAUAGAGAUCGAGUAUGGAAAAGGCACCCAACAAGCGCAACGAGAAAUUCCACCAUUCGCAGCUGUUACAACUGUUCUUAAACGUAAGUUACGUAACACAGUUACGGUACUUAUAUAUCGCGUUUGUAAAUUUACCUUUAACCAAAUUACUUUAAAGGUCAUUAGUAAUACCUGAACCCUUUUAAUUUCUAUGUCUUUGUCGGGAAAUGUUGUCAGAAUGCUUCUGGCUAGCUAUCGAAAUCGCGGAAUACAGCCUAAAUGUUAACCCUUAAUUCGAACGAAUUCUUUAAUUAUAUUAAUUAUUAUGGUUUUCCGAUGGACCACGGUUCAGUCAAGCGCACUCAAUCAUUUUCGUGGCCGCUACAGGUGGUGAUCGAUUACCGCCUUGCUCAAAUUUAGCAGCAUGAAUACUGCCGUUUCGAAGCGUGAAUUAUUCAGUCCGAGAUUGUUGCUCUUUGGAGUGCUGGCGAUAUUAUGUGGAUUAAGCUUAAUGAUCCUGGACAUUGUCACUGGUACUGAACUUGAGCGGGAAGGAGUGUAUUUUCAAGUCAGCGGGUUAGCUGUUCGUACUUUCGCUGGUCUGAUCUACAUCGUAGCGGGUAACGCUGAAAUUUACGCUAGUCGACCUUUGCAUGCUGAUGAAAAAGCAGAAAACCGUCAGGCCUUACUGGGCAUAGUUGUUAGGCUGAACCUUCUUGCCGCUUUGGCAUCUUUAACGCUUUUAAUUGCCGUGAUGAGCUUCGAGCCAUACUACGACUCGGGAUUGAUGUUCAGAGAAUACCGAAGUCCCGAUAUCGUUAGCACGCUGACAACGCUUAGGAUGGCAGUUAUAUGCUGCCUGAUUGGAAUCGUCUUGGUAUGUUCGAUAACAGAGUGUGUUUUGGCUCACAUUUACGCAAAGAAACCAAACAUCAUUAUUAUCACUUCUAAUCAAGAUCGCAUACUGGAAUCCUCCGAAAACUUAGUGGUCAGAGACGUCGUGGAAGAAGAUUGUGGAGAUAACCAAAGCAAGCACAAUUAUUAAGUACAAAUAAGAGGAUCGAGCUUAUAUUGGUUCAUGGAAGUCCAGGAUAAAUUGUUUGGAUGAAUAAUAUUGUAUGGUCCUUAUGAUGAAUAACUAUAUUGAAAUCGAACAUACCAAUAUCACCAGUUAGAUGAAAAUUGUGCUGACACCCAUAAUGUAGUGCAAAAUACACGUGUAAAAAAAUUAAAGAAAUCCUUGCCAAUAAAAUCCGCGAAUGCCCGCUUUGAUUCUGAUAGCAUCAUUUGUAUGAUCAUGACCUUUUGGCCGGUUGAGGGUACACUUGUGACUACACAGCUGGAGAAGUAAAAAUUUACCCCAAGUAGAUCAGCGACCAGUGGGAGAUAGCAAACGUGCCCUGCUGCUUCAGACAGAUUACUCGGAUUGUCAAGUUGCUGUUAGACGGACGUCGCUGUCGUCUGAAAGUCCAAAAAAGGGGCCGGAAAUGCACACUUUGCGGCAAAAGAUUUUGCAUUCAAACUAUGGCAGUUGACCAGCAAAACGAUUUUGCAUUCAAACUAUGGCAGUUGACCAGCAAACAGCUACGAUUUCCGCUUGGUUAUUUCGAAUAACCGAGGUGCGUACGGUACGUGCCGAAAGUAUACCGGAUUUUGUAUACUUCCAUGCUGCCAGCUGUACAGAAACAAUGCUUCUUGGAUUUCGAAGAACUCGAAAUUAAGCACACUUUGCUGGAUCCAGCAAGGUUUAGUAAGAUCAUUGUCAGCAAUUAUGAUGAUACUGCACUCGCAAUAGUUAGUCUUUCAAAAAUCAGCAGUGUUUUG